AUGGCCUGGGAUGUCGUGGGUGAUCUCGAUAUCAACGUCUACAGUUAUAGGCCUCGAGCGAGUCACGACCGCGGACUCGCUAAGAGGUUGGACUUUAAGCCUGUAUUUCCCCGCGAUAUCUACUUCAAUGAUCGCCAAAUAGAGGAGAUACCACUCAUCUGUUCGAAUGUUCACUUCCCUGCAAAGGACUUGAAAUCGGUAACCGAUAUCCAAGCGAAGGUCGAAAUCGAAGGUUCGAAAGAAUGGAAAAAGGAACUGACCAGUAUAUUGCUCUCACCAUUCGCCAUACCGGGUAUCCUCAACUUUGGCCCUGAGCUCGAGUCAACACUUAACACCGAGUUUAAUUUCGGUUUCGCCAACGUUCUCGCAUUCGACCCUUCCACUAUUAAAGGUCCCGAAGUCAACGUCUCAGCCAAAAUUCUUGGUUCCAGCCUCAACAGCGGCAUCGAGCUUCUCGUUCCGAAGUUUCAAUAUGAAAUAGAAGCUGGAUAUUCGAAAGAGCAGUUUUGUGACGGCUUUGAGGGUAUGACGAAGGACAACAAAGCGGCACUCAACAACAACCUUGCCAACCAGGCUCCGAAUAAAACCGUUGAAAUCGAUAACAUAAAGGAAUUGGGUGUUCGGUAA